UCUUGGCUGGAGCUUCCGUUGACACCGUUGGUUGAUACCAUUGUGGGUAUUCGUUUUGGUUAUUGGUUUUGAUAAAAGCGUAAAAGCAAUAAGUUGAUUGCCCACGAAAUUAUAACGAAGUGUGUUGGAUUAAAGGAGAAAAAUAAUGCCAGUAGAAAUUAUUAGCGUUGAGUGGGCGAGGUAACAGAAAUGAUAGACGAUGAUAUCAGGAGAUCUGAGUUUGGGAUAAGCUUGAAGUAAAUCUUGACGGGAUCCGGGAAGCCUUUAUAUCUUCGGAUACAAACUCAAUCUCUUAUGCCAUGCAAGCGUUGCAACUGUACGUCCGCACUCCAACUCAUCAACAAAGAAAACAACUGCAUGGAACAUGAACAUUUUGCCACCACUAGUAUCCUAAAAAUCAAUAACUUCUCAAUGAUCGAGAUAAAGGUCAGUAAAAGGAUCCCUAGUGCUGCCGGAAAUACGCCGCUAGUGUUGCUUGAUGCAUAUCAACCAUACUGCACUGUAUCACGGGAAGCAACAUCAGCAAGGCGACAUCGGUGGCCGGAGCGUAAUACCGGCAUUCUGAUUUUAGUUUGCUGCGCCGUUUUUCUUUUUCCAUACACGUCAACGCGGCGAGCUGCAUGGAAUUAGCCAUGUUUGGAGGCCAUUGCAGGAACCGAGUUCCAG